UUCAUUCCUCAAUGGAAGAGAGAAGAGCAAUGGGAAAAACAAAACACAGCAGUGCUAAAGUCCAGUGACGUGGCCGCAAAUACAGAAGAGAAGCAGAGCAGCAGGUUGAGAGACUGGUAUGUGUUAAGAUGUCUGAUAACGAAGGCUCCCCAAGUGACCAAACAGAGAAAUCAAUGGACCAGGAGCCCACAGUGGCACCACCACAUCACAGAGAUGUGACUGAUGGAUCCGAUGUAGCACCAACCGGAAAAACCAGGAGAAGACCUGAGCAGAAACCUCCAGCAGAAGAGCAGGAGACCCCCGAGACACAGCAGACAACAACAAGUGCUUUAGAUGCCUCCAUGGAGACGACUGUGUCCCAGGGUGGCUGGGGUUACUGGGGCAGCUGGGGCAAAUCUAUACUCUCCACUGCUACUGCCACUGUGGCCACUGUCGGCCAAGGCUUGACCCAGGUCAUUGAGAAGGCAGAGUCGUCUUUAGGAAUUCCCAGUCCUGAGGAGCUAAAAGCCCAAGUGGAGGAGGAAAAAACUGAUGAUUCAGAAAGCUCAGAGGCAGUUAAAGAUGAAGGCGAGAAGAUGUAUGGAAUGGGCGGAGCAAUGGGAAUGAUCUCCUCCAGCAGUAUGGGAAUGUUGUCGUCUUUAACUACUGUGGUUCAGAGUACGAGUAAAACGGUAAUAAGCGGUGGCCUAGAUGCAUUGGAGUUUAUUGGGAAGAAAACCAUGGAUGUGAUUGCUGAGGGAGACCCCGGCUUUAAGAAAACCAAAGGACUGAUGAACAGAAACUCCACACUAUCACAGGUCUUGAGAGAAGCCAAGGAAUGUGAGGAGCAGCAGAAAGCUGAAAAUGUCACUUCAGAAACAAACAAAAAGGCUCAUUAUGGGAUGCUAUUUGACGAGUUUCAAGGCUUGUCUCAUUUGGAGGCUUUGGAGAUCCUGUCUAGAGAGAGCGAAGCCAAGGUGAAAUCUGUUCUGACAACGCUGUCUGGCGAGGAGCUGACAAAACUAAGAGAAGAUCUGCAGAAUAUUAAAGAGCCUUUUUCACUCAUGGAGUUUGAUGAUGAGCUGGAGGAUGAUACGAAAUGUGAUGAUGGAGAGGACUUUGUGAAGGAACUAACAGAUGUUUUCAAAAGAUUACAGAUUUCCACAUCAGCAGACAAACUCGGCAAGGCCAGAAAAAAUGCAUUCAACCAUAUCACAAACAUGAAACUACAAAGUGAAAACCCGGAGAAAGAAAAAGAAGACCAAGAAGAAGAAGGAGAGAAAGAAGAAAGAGAGAAGGAGGAGAAGAAAGAAGAAACUGCAGAGAUCGAAUGCACAGUUGAGGAUGCCCAUUUGUCUGCCAUAACGAGUUUGGCUGAGUUCACAGCGAGGUCCAUCGAGCAGUUCCACAAAACAGCUGAAAUGUUGCUUCACUGUAACACUGAAGGGGCCACGGCCCCAGAACAAGCCAAAAUAUUAUCACAAGUCACCAUUGUUAUAUGUAAGGAGGUCUCACUGCUGUCCAAAAAGUUCACGUCAUGUUUGACUACCAUUGGGGCGAAUGAAAAGGGAGAAGUUCUCAAUCCACUUAUCACCAGUGUUUUUCUGGAGGCAUCAAACAGUGCAUCGUAUAUCCAGGACGCGUUCCAGCUCCUCCUGCCGGUGCUGGAAGUGUCUCAUAUUCAGAGGACGGUGGAGUCGUGAACACUCAGGAACACUUGACAGCAGAAAAACACUCCAACAUAAAACAGCAUUUGACAGAAGUAAAAUAGUAAUGUGGUUUACAUUCAGGGAGUGCACAGCUUUCUUAUGAUUGAAUAUAUUUUUCAAUAGAUUCAAUGUCAGAAGUCUCCUUAUAGCUGACGGUGUAUAAGUAUAAAUAAACUGUAAUUUAAGUAUCUUUUAUGUAUAAAUAUAUGAUGAAAUGAAUCAUCUUUUAAAAAUAAUUAUGCAAGUCAUACCAGGAUUAAUGUUCAAAUAUAUUUUAAAUAAACAACUGUUACAUGUCGUGUUGAUUAUUAGAGAGCUUUUAUAUGCCACAGAUCCUCAAAUAUGAUCAUAUUUCUGCAAGAGACUCAUGUUCCAAUACUGUUUCUCAACCACGUUUGAGGCCCACCAACACUGCAUGCUUUGUCACACUCAUUACAGGUCUUUCAGUCUCUGCUAAUGAGCUGAUGAUCUGAAUCAGGUGUGUUAGGUUAAGGAGACAUGGAAAAUAUGCAGAGCUGGUGGUCCUCCAGGAACAUGGCUGAGAAACACUAAGAUACAAAAAAAGCAUUUUGUGUAAUAUUUGUUGCAUAAACUAAUUUAUACUGUGGAAAAUAAAUGGGGUUGAAUAUAAUUAGAAAAAAUACAUAGGUUCUUUUAAGUUAUUAUUACAUUUUAUAUAUUGCUAAUUGUGUCAUAUUUAGUUAAUAAUUGUAUCUAUAUUUGAUCAAUUUAUUAUAAAUUGUAAUUUGUAUUUAAGCAUUUUUGUCACUCUACAUAUAUAAAUAUACUUUUAUUUGUCUGCCAAUAAAACCACUUGUAUAAA